UCAAAGCGGGGCCCGAGAGACUGAAAAACAGCUUCUAUCUCAAGGCCAUCAGACUGUUAAACAGCCAUCGCUAACAUUGAGUGGCUGCUGCCAACAUACUGACUCAACUCCAGCCACUUUAAUAAUGGGAAAUUGAUGUAAUAAAUUUACCACUAGCAACUAUAUAUUAUUUAAUGUUUACUUACCCUACAUUACUCAUCUCAUAUGUAUAUACUGUACGCUAUACCAUCUACUGCAUCUUGCCAUCUUGAUGUAAUUAAAUGUAUCACUAGCCACUUUAAACAAUGCCACUUUAUAUAACGUUCUCAUACCCUACAUUACUCAUCUCAUAUGUAUAUACUGUACGCUAUACCAUCUACUGCAUCUUGCCAUCUUGAUGUAAUGUAUCACGCCACUUUAAACAAUGCCGCUUUAUAUGUUUUCAUACCCUAUAUUACUCAUCUCAUAUGUAUAUACUGUACUCUAUACCAUCUACUGCAUCUUGCCUAUGCCGUUUGGCCAUCACUCAUUUAUAUAUCUUUAUGUACAUAUUCGUAUUCAUUCCUUUACACUUUUGUGUAUAAGGUAGUUGUUGUGAAAUUGUUAGGUUAUAUUACUUGUUAGAUAUUACUGCAUGGUCGGAACUAGAAGCACAAGCAUUUCGCUACACUUGCAUUAACACCUGCUAACCAUGUGUAUGUGACAUACAUUUGAUUUGAUUUUGUGUAGGCCUAAUAACAAUAGCAGAAUAUCAUUACAAUAAACGUAGGUGUUUGGAUGAAUGUGCGCGGGUUGCCUUAAGGAGCACCUUUUGAAAGGCUGCUAGUUCAAUCUUCUCGGCGUAACAGUUGGGAUAAAGAGAAAAAUCAGUACAGAGUACAACGCAUUUCCAAGCUCCCCAUUGGCUUAAUCUAGUCAUGCUGUCAGACCCUAGUGCAGCUGUAAACAAGUGGUCGAAUCUGCUGGCUACACUUGAAUACAACACUUGCACUGGUCACUCACACCAGCAUGCUGUUACAUUAGCCAAUUAGCAUGUCAUGUCAAGGUGACUUCCAGGUGGUAACCAAUACUACAAGUUAUUUCUACCUCGCCCAUCGAAAUAAGCACUUUAUUUUACAAGUUUUAACUAGCGCCAUGCUAUUGUUUCCAGCAUAAAUUAGCUAGCUGGGAAUGGCUCAGGACAACUGACUAAACCUAAUCCAUUCGUCUCCACUCGACUCUCAGCUGCGCGACACACGUCAUCAAUUUGGGCACCAGGCGUGUCCGUAUAGCCUCUCCCAGAUUUCUACCUGAUUUGACUUUUCGUAGCAGAUUAGAAGAAUUAGGUUAAGGUUAGGAAAAUAGUUAUGGUUACAAAAUCUGCAUCCAUCUAGUCGUAACCUACUACCUGGGCCACUGGCUGCGAUACGACACGGGCGUGGCCACGUAACCCCACCCAUAAAUCUCUCUCUGAGCGGGUGCUUAUAUGCUUGUUCUGUUUGUGUUUGCGCAGUGAAGCGAGGAGGUGACAGAAAACAGUGCGGGGUUGCUAGGAUUUUUGUUUAGUUCGAUAUGUAGCUUAGUAGUAGUCAGCCAACCCAACAGACAGUCUCGACUCGAUUAAACAGGGGUAAAUUCAACACAGCGCUCGAGUCAAAGCAAACUCAAAGCCGGAGCCUGCCGGGUUAUUUACGGGAUGAAAUAAGUCACCUCGCCACCAUCGGGAGGUGGGAGUGUUGGGGUCGCCGGCGGUGUAUCGCGAACGGGGUUGCGAGACUGACGGGCGGUCAGCCUGGUCCAACUUUGCCGAACGAACAAAGCCGCCAAAUUCACUGACUGGGUCCCCGGGAGCAAGCAGCAGGGAGAUCAAUCAACAUGGUCAAGUCUUUCUUCCCGCUGAAGAAACUGAGACGGAGUGGGAAACAUCUGCUGUUCAUAGUUCUGCUGAUGCUGGGAGCUUUCGCUGUCUACCACGAGUUUGUUGCUACUAAGGCGUGGAGGAGCACCAAAAGCCGUUUCAGUCUUGCCAGUGAGGAUAGCCUCGGGAGAAUUCCUACCCAAGAGAGAUUGUUUGGAGGUGAUGCGAGUGAGGAUUCAGAAGCCUGGCGUUCCAGCUACACCCCACAGCCCUGGAGGCCAGAGUAUAAGGGACAGGCUAAUCUCCAUACCUUUGAGGACUGGUGUGGCAGCUCUACAGCUCAGCUUCGCAUGAACCUGCAUUACCCUCUUUACCCACACUCCAGAACCACAGUAAAGAAGCUGGCUGUUUCUCCCAGGUGGAUGAACUACGGCCUCAGGAUAUUUGGCUAUCUCCACCCCUAUACCGACGGUGAGUUUGUGUUUGCGGUGAGCUCUGAUGAUAACUCUGAGUUCUGGCUGAGCCGGGAUAACUCUCCACUCAACCUGCAGCUACUGGCCUGGAUUGGCAAGACUGGCAUGGAGUGGACUGCUCCUGGUGAGUUUGGGAAGUAUGCCAGUCAGACAUCCAGACCGGUUAGGCUGUCAGUUCAAAGGAGGUACUUUUUUGAGAUAGUCCAUAAACAGAACGACAGAGGAACAGACCACAUUGAGGUGGCGUGGCAGCUGAACCAGGAGGGUCUAAGGUUUACAGUCAUCAGCUCCAAGUACAUAUCCCUCUACAGCAAUGAGUCUGCUCUGAGGAUGAGUGACAUCACUCAUGUACCCCAAACGGCUGCUAGUCACACCCGCUCGCCUAGCAACCAGCCCGACAACCAACUGAGCAACCAGCCUGCAGCCGACAUGCUGAGAGUCGACCCACGCGACACCCUAUACCAGAUCCCUGCCUUAGACAGUAGGUUCCUACAAGGCGUGUUACCUGACUGCACCUAUAAACCCAGCUACAUCAUCAAAGGUUUCCCUCUGCUGCGAUACCAAGGCCUGCAAUUUGUCCACAUGUCCUACAUCUAUCCCAACGACUACACGCGGCUCACACACAUGGAGACAGACAACACCUGCUUCUACCACGACAGUCCCCUAUACCUGGACAGGUAUGGCUUUUCCAGGUACAUGAGGCUGGAUGAGCCAGAGGGGCAGGAGGGAGAGAGCCGAGGUAGAGUUGAUGGCAUCUUGAGGAGGAGAAAGGCUGUCUCAGAGGAGGGGUUAGAUGGCGAGGCUCCUCCAAAUGUGGGAGGGGCAAGUAAGAAAGACCCCGCACCUCCUGACUAUGGAGACGACUAUGACGAUUACGCUCAGAGACGACGACGCAAACUCUUCUCCCUGUCAGAGGCCGACAGGGCACCUACACACACAAACAUGUCUGAUACUGUCACAUACAAGAAGAGGAGAGAAACAAAUGCAGCAGCUGUAAUAGAGCAACAAGCUGUAGUCCAGACCAGAGCAACAGAACAGGAUGGGUUGGAGAUCCCCCCUGGUCCUGGGUCACAUACAUCACUACAGAAUACACCAGCAGAACAGCUGAGACUAGCAGAAAGACCAGCAGACAGACCAGCAGAACAGCUCAGACCUGUGAAGUCCAGAGCAGGGGAACAGAAACCAGGAGGGACGCCAGCAGACCGAAAACAACCCAGACCAAGAGAGAGACCAGCAGAACAGAACUCAGCCGGCUUAAAGAUUUUACCCGCACCACAAAAACUAGAUCAGAACCUGUCAGUAGAGGGAGAUGGACCAGAAGUUCGGCUUCCCCAGCUGCAAGGGAGGCACCGGCGUGUUCAACGGCCUGGUCCGAGGGGUUGGGGUAACGCAACACCCAAUCCCCUGAAGCACCUCCCACCUCCCACUGUCUCUAAUUGGUCCAUCAGGGUCGGUCGAGGGCGGAGACUUGUUAACCGUACACUGGAGCUGUGGUCAGCGGUUGCCAAACAGUCGACCACACGACUGCCUGAGGUUAAACCACCGCUAAUUAAGUUGAACCACAAAGCAACUGUGACUAGGAAGAGAGUCCAGGUCCUAGAGACAGAUAUCAUCCUCCGAGCACAACCACAGAUAAAGUCACGACCGCAACCUGACUAUGACAACACACUCCACGGGGAUCUGCCCCCUGGUGUGGUCAGAGGGAUGGACCGUCUGGUUGAAGGGGUUGACAGAGGGGGAGGUGGUGAGAGAGAGGGGGAGGAGGUGGGUGUGAGUGAGUCUUUAUGGGGUCUUGAGGGAGACUCUGAAGAGGUGGAGGGCUUGUCUUAUGACUCCACCCCUCGAACAGUGUUUGACCCUGAGGUGAACUGGGCUCAGACAUUCCAGGUGACCCCUUUAGACCUCCAAGCGAUGCGCUCUGAUUGGAUAGACCUCCGCUGUAACGUGUCUGGUAACCUGCUGCUCCGCCCUAGAGACGCUCUGCCUAUCGUCAAGGCCUUCAUGAACAAACUCAACCACAGACACCAUGGGCGUUUCAGCCUGGUGCGUGUGCUGAACGUUGAGAGGAGAGUGGAUGGAGCUCAGGGCAGCAGGUACUUCCUGGAGCUGGAGCUGAGGGAUGUGAAUGGCCAACACCUUCGCCUGUCACACUACAUCUAUGCUCUGAUUCGCCACAGACUAUCUCGCCCCCGGGGACUCCCGCCGCUUCGCCCCGCCCCUGAGAUGUUGCUAUGCAACCCUGUCGGUUUUCACUGGAACCCAACUGCCACUGUCCACUUCAUAGUACCAGUAAAGAACCAGGCCCGCUGGGUGCAGCAACUGAUAGUUGACAUGGAGGGUCUGUACAAGACCACUGGAGACCCCAACUUCAACCUCAUCAUCACCGACUACAACAGCACUGACAUGGACAUAGAGACAACACUAAAGACAUCCACCCUGCACAGGUACCAAUACUUGAAGCUGAGUGGGAACUUUGAGCGUUCUGCUGGUCUACAGGCCGGCAUCGACCUCAUCACUAAUGAGCACAGUAUAGUGUUUCUGUGUGACCUCCACAUCCACUUCCCCCCCUCCAUCAUCGACUCAGUCAGGAAACACUGUGUGGAGGGACACAUGGCCUUCGCUCCUAUCGUCAUGAGACUGGACUGUGGGGCUACGCCCAGGGAGCCCAGAGGUUACUGGGAAGUGAAUGGGUUUGGUCUGCUGGGGAUUUAUAAGUCUGACUUGGAUGCUGCAGGAGGCAUGAACACACAUGACUUCACUGACCGCUGGGGAGGAGAGGACUGGGAGCUGCUGGACAGGAUUCUGCAGUCGGGUCUGGAGGUGGAGCGUAUCUACAUGAGGAACUUCCUGCAUCACUACCACUCUAAGCGUGGCAUGUGGAACAGACGCACCCAACGCAGCGGCACGUAACCCACAACACCACAGCCAAAACGUUCAGCGAUGCAGCCGUAGCCACGACGACGCAUCCGUGGGUGCAAGGAAACUGCCACACUUUAACGUCCCCAUUCCUCGCUUCAGCCAUUUACAGCUGUCGACCGGUUAACGAGAGGGCAGGACAGAGGGGAUUCCUGACACCAUUGGGUGAUAUCCCCUGUCACUCAAAAGGUUUGAGGGUGUGGUGAUGAUGAACACAACAUGGUACUGAUUGUCCUGGAAAAAGACACAACUAGAGCAGAGGUACUCAAAUCUGAACAUGUAGGUCUGCAGACUGGUUGGCCAGUCACUCACCAAGUGUCCCAGGUCUGAAUCAUGUUUAUUGUCAUGAUUCUUGCCCUGGAGGCAGAACUGAGCUGUUUCUGCAAGAUGGGCCCAGCAGCCAAGUCAAAGUUGUCUGUAUCUUAAAAAUUCACGAUUUUUGGUCUUAAUUUAAGGUUUGGGUAAGCAGUGUGGUUGGGGUUUCAAAACAGAUUUUAUGACCACUGCUAAGCUGCCUCCAGGGCAAGACUAAUGACAAUAAAUAACAACCUGUGUCCGAAUCAGUCCCGAAUCAGACUUCAAGAACUGGAUUUGAGAAAAGGUGGACAAAACACUACUGGGUACUCUAUUUAAACAUGAUACUACUGAUUUACUGUAUUUUAACAACACACUACCGAGGAUCCUGUUCUAAGGAGAUACUGUUGUAGUAAAAAUGUAAACCUUUUCCACACAGUGUGGAUAUUUUCCUUUGGCUAGACAAUGACAGAUGUCUUUGGUAGCGUGAGGAGACUAAGAAGAAAAGUGGGAGCAGUGAUGAUCUGCUCUGGUCACUGGUACUGAUGAACUAGUCUGGACAAUCCUGGGCUGCCUAACCAAAGACAGAGACGAUACACACCUACACACACAUCAUUUUAAACAUCAUGGAUCAUACAGCAUUUGUAUGUAAUCAGGGUCCAGCUUAUUUAUUGACAAUGACAAAAUGCACCAAUGUUACUGUAUCACUGUGAUUGUAAUUUUUUGGUUUAAAACAUUGUUUUAUUAAUAUAAUGAAUUAAGACGUGAAAAGGGGGAUCACUUCUGAUUCAUGCAAGUUUACUGUACUGGAUGGGGAUAUUUCCUUUAAUAUGCGAUGUGCAUUAUGAAGCCUGCUGUAUUCACGAGUGCCUGCUCCAUAGCUCUGCUACUAGAGCUCUACUACAUAUUACUGACUCUUGGAUGUCACAUUGUGCCUAUUGCAUGUAUCCUUCGGGAACGCUGUCUAUAAUUUUCUAAUUAUACUUAAGAGGAUCCCGCAACCAACCCCUUGAGCAAGUUAACAAUUCUUUUAAUGUUACUCCGUGCCUUCUCUACAGCUCCGGCGAAGCUGGGGGUUCAGUUGACACAACUAGAAAACUUUUGAAAUGGGGAAAUACUACCUGAACUUGUCAGUUAAAGCCCCCAUGUAGUCUUUUACAUUAGAUAUUUAAAUCAUCACUAUGUCUAAUAAAUCACUGUUUAUUUCAUGAAAAUAA